AUGGGGAUCGACCGCUCCAUCCGGUUGGCCGCCACGAUGAGCGAGAGUAUGGCGAACACGCCAUCUAGUGAUCGCGUGACUCUGUGGUGGCAACGAUCGACCGCACUCAUCCCGUUCAUGAAAGAAGAGACAGCAGUAGCGAAACCCGAGUGAAAAACGUGAUAAAUGAAUCGGCGGCGCUCUGAAUGUGGAAGCGGAUAAGAACUAGCUCACACGGGAUCUAGUCCGCGCCAUCCCGUUGACCAAUGGAAAGGCCUCUCACUGUUGGCAGAAUGCGGGAUGAGUGAUCUCCGCGUUCUAUCAGGACCCGCGCUAAAUGCCGGGGGAAGGUCCCUGAAUUGUAGUGAUUUUGUAUGAAAGGCAUAUUGUAGGGUUUGUUGUGGCCAAUGAAUGUUUACGGGAAGGUCCCUGGACUAUAAUGGUGACGUUGGUGGUGUGCCAAGCAACCUUUACCACUCUGUGACCGAAGUUUCCUCUCCUACCAUGCCCCCCCCAUCUCAAAUCGCCACUGUUGCAGGUUGGCACUGUCAAGGCGGCGUGAUGCUUGCGGAUCUGCACACCCUUCACUCUCCGCUUCGCCGCUCCUGCUGUAGCUGCUGCUGCUACUGCUGCUGCUGUGAAAAAUACAACGCUGCUAGAGGUCACACGACAAUCCCGGCGCUUCGCAAACAGGACACUUCUUAUACGCUUUUAUUCUCGGAGGGCUUAUUUUUUUCCGUCGUAGCUCCCUGUACGGGGGAUCGUUGGCAGUCCUGUCCGCGGAGACCCUUUCUUCUUCGCACGUCGUUGCGGCGGAACAUUUGACGUUUCGGGAUGCACGGAAAAUCGGAAUCGAUCGUUGCUGGGUCGAACCCUUUCGUCGAUUUUCCCGCUUGCUUUCCUUCAUUGUGCGACCGCGUAAUUGGUGAAGGUGAAACGAUGUUUGCUGCUCCUUGCUCUUUUUAAGAGAAUUUGAACACACGUCGCAGAAUCGACUACAAGUAUGCAUACCCGUUUGAGAAAACAUUGCCUGCUAGUGGAAGGGGAGAUAGGUGUGUUGAAUGAAGUCGUCGCAAUGAAUGGGGAGAGGAGCCUUCAUCUGAGCGGGUCCUCUAGACAGAUAAUCACGAUCACUUUUCUUGCCGAGACUCACAGCCGCACUCAGAACGUUGGGUCUUAACCAUGGAACAGCAUCCACGAUUCCCCUUAUCCAAGUGAAGAAUUAUUUCGUCGAUUUGGAGAGCCGAAGGCUGGGCUUGUCUUGUUUCUUGUCGGCUCUCGCUGAUCCUUUCUUGAUUUCAUUCCGAAGAUGUCAUCAUCGGUCCUACCGCUGCAGUUGGGUGUAUGCUGCAUCACUGAUCAUGAUGAAUCAAUGGGCCGUAGGAGGCUUCUUGGAAGUUUAUGCUGUCGAAGCGGUGUUUCUCGCGUGGUGUUGGCGGCAUCAUUGGUGAGGAAUGGGCCUCCGAGGAAAUUUCUUGGAAACUUCUAUCGCCUUUGACCGCGAGAGGUCGAAGAAUUAACCAUUAACGUGUGUGCCCAGUGA